AUGAGGCUGGAAGAGGCCGGGAGGGAGGGAGGUGGAAAGUCGCAGGUGGUGAGGAUCGGGGGCACCCAAGGGUCCACUCAGCCCCGGUGCCAUGUGGUGACAGGACUGAGCAGGAGGGGGGUGACACUCAGGACUUGUCCCAUUAUUGCGCAGGCCCCCCGGAGGAUAGCCCGACAAAAUGAAGUCCUGUCGGGGCCUUGUCGGGGUGAUAUUGGCUCCAGGGGUGUGAGCGUGUGCAAAGCCACACACAAGGGACCUCUGGUGGUGAUGGGGGAGAGAGGAGUUUAA